GCUUGCGAGAGCUAUGGAAUUAAGAGAGAGAGUGACUGGUUUCAAACGGUACUGAUGGAGAUCGCCUAUACUAUUAUCUCUCGGGGGGAACUGGCAUUCCUGCAAAACUAAUCAAGGCUGCAGCGGGAUGUAAAAUCGUUUCUUUGGUUUACAAAAGAGCGGAUUGCGAUGGCGGGGCUGAGGCUCAAUGAACAGCUUGUGGUUUAGCGGAUCUGAGCAGGUGGACGCUACUGGAUACAUUCAAAGGCAAUUCUCAGUGUUAAUGAAACUUUGCUACGAUUUACGGGCUGGAAUUGCUGUACACCAUGCUAAGGUAAAGCCACCGACGAGAGGGGUGUUGAACAUGCUAAAGCGGCUGGACAAAAUCAGGUUCAGAGGUCAGAAGCGAGACGACUUCCUGGAUCCAGCAGACUCCCCCAACGGAUCCGACAAUGAAUGUAGCGAUGACAUCCUGCUGAGGACGAAGCCUUCACUCAAGACACAAGACACGGAAGAACUAGGAGACCCUGCGGGUUCGGGGGCUCUCACCAUGGCUGCAGCAUUUCAAGACUUCCAGAGGAGCGAGUCAGACCGGCUAAAUGAGAUGAAGGGUCAUCUCGAGAUUGCCUUACUGGAGAAACACUUCCUACAAGAGGAGUUGAGGAAGCUACGAGAGGAAACCAAUGUGGAGAAGAUAAAGGAAGAGCUGGAGAGAGAGAGAGGGAAGAGGCUCGACCUCGAACUGAGGAUGAACGAGGUGCUAAAAUCCAGUUUGGAAGACUCGCCGCCACAGCCUGCCCGUAAACCCCCAUCUCCAACGCCUGCUGCCAAUGGCAAAGACACAGACAAAGAGAAGCCGCCACAGGGGGAGACCCUGUACUUGCGGGCGUGGAGGUGGCUCUACGACAGGGUGGGGGUCUACAUAGAAGACUUCCGCUUCGUCCCGGAGGAGAACACUGUGGAGGCGGAGGAACCGCUAAGUGCUAAAAGGCUAACAGAAAACAUGAGGCGACUCAAGCGAGGAGCCAGACCGGUAACUAACUUCAUGAGGAACCUCUCAGCCUUAUCCAACUGGCACUCAGUAUACACCUCAGCUAUUUCCUUCAUAAUAUACAUGAAUGCUGCAUGGCAUGGCUGGGCCAUCCCCAUGUUCCUCUUCUUGGCCAUCCUGAGGCUCUCCUUGAAUUACCUCAUUGCUAAAGGUUGGAGGAUUCAGUGGAGCAUUGUGCCGGAUAUUACGGAUCCUAUAGAACCAUCAAAGGAUGACUUGACUGUGUCUGAAAAGUUCCAGUUAGUGCUUGACGUUGCACAAAAAGCCCAGAACCUUUUUGGUAAGAUGGCGGAUGUUUUGGAGAAAAUAAAGAACCUGUUCAUGUGGGUGCAGCCUGAGAUCACUCAGAAGCUCUACAUAAGCCUGUGGGUUGCCUUUCUCUCCUCCUGCAUACUGCCCUUUAAACUCGUGGGCUUCAUGAUUGGACUGUAUGCAGGGAUCAAAUUCUUCAUCAUAGACUUCUUGUUUAAGAGCUGUCCCAAGCUGAGGGACAAAUAUGACACACCUCACAUCGACUGGAACAACCUACCAACUGAUCCACAGCUGAAGGAGAGGACCAACGCUACAAUGUCCCGACGGAUUCAGCCUGUGGUGGCAAGAGGUAGCUUAGCAACCGUCCCGUGCGGUGUAAGCCUGGAUGGUGACAGCGCCAGGAUUCAUAGCACCAAGAAGGGAGCCUUUCAUGAGAUCUUCAACGUCUCAGAGAAUGAGCGCCCUCUACCAGUGUGUGAGAAUGGGUGGAGGUGCUGCCUCAUCAACAGAGACCGGAAGAUGCCAACCGACUACAUUCGAAACGGCAUGCUCUACGUUACAGAGAAUUAUCUGUGCUUCGAGAGCUCCAGUUCCAAAUCGGCCUCAUCCAAGAAGAAUAAGGUCAUUAAGCUGGUGGACAUCACAGAUAUCCAGAAGUACAAAGUGCUGUCUGUCUUACCUGGGUCUGGAAUGGGAAUCUCCAUAGCCACUCCCGCCACACAGAAGCCUCUGGUGUUUGGUGCCAUGAUCCAUCGAGACGAGGCCUUCGAGGCGAUCUUCACCCAGUACAUGAAGAUCAUUACCACCUCCAGGCCACCCUCGGGCAGCCCUGAGCUGUAGCCCUGCUAUCCCCAUGGACAGAGGGCUAGGCUGGGGUCAGGGCUGGACCACCUUCCUCUGAACCCUCCCUGGCUGGAGGAAAGACAAUUGGGGGGAAAGUGACAGGACACACACCUCUUCUCCUCCCUCUCUUAUUUACAGUGACUGGACAAUCUUCUCUUUUAUGACUGAGAGGUGUCUGUGCGCGCGUCUGUCUGGAGGUGGGACUUGUAGUCCAAUAGGGAUGGUGCACACAUUCCUGCACUCUUUCUAUGUUGGAACGUGGAUGAGGGGGAUGAAGAAGAAGGGAUGGGAGGGACAUUUUUAACACGCAUCUCAUCAUAGGAGAAGGAGCUGGCUCUCCUGCCUGCUUGCCUGACUGACAGCUUUAAUUCGCUUCAGAGGUGUGUGUGUGUGUGUGUGUGUGUGUGUGUGUGUGUGUGUGUGUGUGUGUGUGUGUGUGUGUGUGUGUGUGUGUGUGUGUGUGUGUGUGUGUGUGUGUGUGUGUGUGUGUGUGUGUGUGUGUGUGUGUGUGUGUGUGUGUGUGUGUGUGUGUGUGUGUGCUGCCCAGACAGUGCGUCUCUACUCACCUGUCUUCUCUCUGUCUGUCUCGCAAAGUCAGAGUCAGUGUAACUGUUACUGCUGUUCCUGCACGGAACCGUACAGACAGUAUGCCGUACGGUAGCUAGAUGUUUGUGUAGAAAACAAAAAGCUGCGAGAAAGUCGAGCCAACUCCUGAACAACGUUCAACAUGACACGAAGCCUUUUCCAUUAGUUUACAUCGUUGCUGUGGAUUUUCUGUGGAGACACGCAUGCACAUUUCAGCAACAAACCGUUUGCUUUCAGGUGUCUUUUCGCAUAUGACGUGUGUGUGUGUUAUACUUUCAACACUCACUACUGAACUGUACUGUGUCACGUACAGUAGUGGGGACCUUGGCGAUGAUGUUCAUUGUGAAAUGUUUUCAAAUGCCUUUCUUUUGAAUUCUGCUUAUUUCUGUAAUAACCAAUGGCAUGAUGAGGAACUGGACUUUGUUAAAGUAUGUCCUGGAUCUGUGGAUUGUGUUAUAAAACUAAAGCACACUCACUGUUAGAGAGCCAUAACAGACCUAAACCCUGAGUAAUGUGUCUAAACUGAAGGUAGAUAGUUUAAAUGUAACAUAACUGGUUCAGUGAACUAAACUUGUGUGCUGAGUAACCCUGAGGCCUAAGUUAAUGCCUUGGCUUUAGCCUAGUAGGCCAACACAUUCUUAAGGUGCAUACUGUAGGUCACAUAAACAUACUAAGACCCAAAACCUGUGUUACUUCAGUCUUUAGUGACAUGUUACGGUAUAGUAGUACUAUAGUAGUUCUACGGUAAUACCACUAAUACCAACCUGUAGUAUUAACACUGGAGUGGUCAGAUGUGUACAAUAUGCUGUCCUGUUAAGAAGUAAUUUAACUUGGUUAACUUGACUAGUAACUAGUUAACUCCUGGAUGACUUAUCUCAGUAUUUCAAUGCAAAUCGAGUCAGUCAACUGGCCUAGUUCUGUAGUAUUCAUUGACCGCAGGAUGAAGUAGACGUUUGAACUGAAUAUUUUAAUGUCACUUUAUUAUUGUCACCAUUUGGGAUUUAAAGCUGGUCUUUUAUUUCUCAGAUAGGUUUGAUAUGUAGAAUUGUAAUGAAUGCCAAACUAAGUGGAUGUGCACACUUUCUGUGUUUUGUAAGAUGGCUGGAAGAGUUAUUGUGGGUAAAUAUUUCUCGUUUAUCGUUUACUGCAAAUGAGAGAGGAGAUUGUACCAUGCUCUCGGAUCCUUUUUUUUGCCUCAGCACAACAAGCUAGUCCCCUAAAACGCGUUCAUCUUCCCACACUGUUAACAAGCCCAUAUAAACUUUGUUAGUUAUUGUCUUACAAAACCCAAUCUCCAGUUGUGUUACGACUGGAUACGAAAUAUAAUUUCUGGAGAUUGUCUAUUGUCUAAGGAACUCAUGAUGUUAGUGUGUUGAUUGAAUGAUUGUCUGACUGUAUGUUACUGUAGUCUUAAUGCUUACCUGGAACCUUUCUUAGUCGAUUAGUAACAACUAACUUUGAAAUCUGCAAUCAGGGUCUGUCCUAAAAGAAGCAUACUGAAUGUAUUGUGUUAUUGCUGUAAACGCUUAGUUACAUUGUUUUGUUGCCAAAACUUAAUUUCUUUCUUUUACUGCCCGCCAUACUCUGCCUACACUGAUGUUUACUGAAGGUUGGGUUAAAAACCUUUAAUUGAUUUUGUUUUUCUUUUGUUUGGAUUGUCGGUUUGAGCUCCUAGCCACAGGUGGAGUUAUGAAGACUGGACAGAUAUCUUCCUCUUGCGUUUGAAUUACUGUUACAACUGUCAGCUUUUAAAUCGGCUCAGACUGGUCUCAGGACAACCUCUGCUGCUCACCUUCAUCCCAACAGCAAACGUAAGCCUGAUCUCUGAUCUGUUUAUAAUGCUUUAAUAGCUAAAGCUAAAGUUUAGCUCUUCUGUUGAGUUUGUUGUCAUGGCAAAUACUAUACAUGUACUGCAUAGCGUGGUAAUGAAAGUCAGAGGAGUUGGAUCAAGCAUAUAGUAACAGAUCUGGGACCAGGCUAACAGUAGAUAGACGGUGACAUCAGAGAACAUUCUAGUCAGAUUAUAUUGCACGUCAAUCACGCUGCAAAAAAAACGUCAGUGAUCGUUCUAAUGGUAGUGGCGUGCAGUACAUGGUAAAAUCAUAAUCUUUUAGCUAUUUUUGGAUCACUCACAGGCCUUCCUUACAGACAGCAGAGGUCAUCAUGGCGACUCCGAGACCUUCUGUCCACUGGUUUCUAUUGGUUUUGACUUCUGUGGCUUCGUUGUGUUAACCAAGUAUGAGUUGUAACUCAAAAUGUAAACAUUAGUCAAUUACUUCAUGAUAUUCCCAUACAGUAUAUCACUGCAAAGUUCAAUAUACUGCAAUCAUCUGUCAGUUGUGGGUAAUUAUUUGUCAUCUGUGGGUCCGAGGACUAAAAUGACGAAAGAGGAAUUUCUAUACAAUAACGUAAUCCAUUGAUUUUUAAAGAGAACAAUGUCCAUUGUAAAAUAUGUGGUGUCCAUUUUUUUUUAAUAUAAAUAAAAUGAAUUAAGUAUUUGGC